AGUCAAUGUUUCUUGAGUUGAAUGAAGGAGCGUCGCUAGCUCUUAGCAUUUCAUCCUAUACAGCACAUGUCCUAUGUUCUAGGCUUCUGUCUGCAUAAGGAAAAGCUUUUUAUCAUGGUAGUGAUUCUGGUGUAACCUUGGAGUUUUGCUGCUGUUCUUAUGUGCAUCAAGGUCCCCCACCCCACCUAUAUGUCGCAGUGUCUUUUUUUUUGGCCGCACCAUGUGGCUUGUGGUCUUAGUUCCCUGACCUGAGGUUGAACCCAGGCUCUCGGCAGUGAGAACGUAGAGUCCUAACCACUGGACCACCAGAAAAUUCCCUGUCACAGUGUCUUUGUUGGAAGUGUACCAAGAUUGACUGGGCAGCUUUCUUCCUUCCACCCCGUCGCCACUUCUCUUCCACUUCUCUUCCUGCUGAGUACCUGAUGAGUACAUCCCCACUUCUCUUGCUGCUGAGUACCAUGAGGCCAUACUGCCACCUGUGAACACCUCCCGUUUGAUUAUUUGAUCUAUACUCCUGUACAUCACUUGAUCCAGGUACAGUGGUACCUAGAACCCACUGGCUAUCUGUAGCCUGGGCUGAGAGGAGUUGGGAAGCUCAGCAGAGCACUCAGAAAUGGCCUUUCAAACCCAGGAGUUCAGCUCACCAGGAGUCCAGAGUUGGCCUCUUGAGACUGGGGGCAGUUGGCCAGCCUUUCAGAUCUCACUAAGGCAUCCCCUUGUCUGUUGGUGUCCGUGAUGCCCUCUGCUCUGCUCACCUUGAGAGGCCAACGUGAGUCAGUAGGAAUCAAACAGGACUUCUGUGUUGCAAGUCGCUCUCAGGGACCUGGUAUAUUUCAUUGGCAGAAUCUGAAAUGCUUUUUAGUCACAUGUCAUUUGUAGCCUUGUAAAAACUAAACCUGAAGUGGGUGCAACCUUUUUCUCAUGUAACUGGGUUUUUUUUUUUUAUUGUGAGGUGAUAUGUACUCAUUUAGAAAAUGAGAAAAUGAAUGAUGAUGUUUUAUUUUUUUUUUCACCUUUAGUCUCCACUGUAGCUUCUGAGAUAAGUAGCAUUAUUUACAUAUUCAGAAGCUGAGGCUUGGGAAGGUUAAGUAAGUUGUUUGAGGCCAAGCUGGUCGGGAACAGAGUCAAGAUUCAAACCCAGUUGGUGGGACUCCCGUGUGCAAGCUCUGGGCACCAUAUUAGAUGCUGCCUUUUAGCAGAAACAACAGAGAAGAAAAAACAUCUCCCCUAAGCCCAGCGUGGGUGACAUUUUGAGGGUGGCCAGAGUUAGCAUACUGGCUGCUGCAAAGAGUUUGAAUUCUGUGCCUUUUCUCUGUCUCAUCUGACCUUGGGCCAGCUAAUUAACCUCCGUUUACCUUUCUUUCCUCAAUCGUAAAUGGGGAUAAUGUGCCUUCAUAGCUCCUGGGGGCAUUAUGAUGUUUGAGCCAGAGUGCUUUUGAACUUCUUUUAUGAAAGGGCGCUGAGCCCCAACUGCUGUUAUACUCGGCUAUUAAAGACCUAUUAUGCCCUGAUCCUCCACAAAGUCUUGUUAAAGGGGGAAGACAACAGUCCUCAGAGGGAAAGGUGUCCUUCUAUGGUGGGCAUAGCUGGACCAAACAUCAUUUUCCUCCUGAAGUUUCUUAAGGAUUGGAGAUCAUGAAUGUUUCUCCAUUGUUCAUGUUCAUGUUGUACUGUAGAAAGUUCUGGAAGCAGGCGUGUAAACUGUGCAUCAUAACAAGAUCGAGGACCCCUGAUGGCGGGGCAGAGAAGGGGGUUAUGGGGCUUGGUUUCUAAUCCUGGCUGUGAUGUCUAUGUAACAUAAGCCAAGAACACAGAGAUACCAAGAAGGGAUGGCUAUCUUCCAUUCAUCCUUCCUUUCCUCCUUCCUUCUAAUGACUCAUUGAUUCAAUUAAUAAAUAUUUACUGAACCUUUAUUAUGAUCUGGACCCCAUGGUAGGCCCUGGGAAUGCUGUAGUGAGCAGGGUAAAAACAGUUCUUAUCAUACAGAACUUAUAGUCUUGGGCCAAGAGGCUUAUUAUCUAGUUGGAGUCGUGUGAAUAAAGCAAGAACAUGUUGAUGAGUGUUUUGAACCCCCCGGGGGAGCGUCAGGAUGUAACUUCCAGAUGUGCACACGGGCCACGUGGGUACCUGCCCUGGGUGGUGGAGGGCCGUGCUUGGCUUCCCAGAAGAGCAAGGGAAGAAUUGAUAGAUUAGAGCCCUUGUGUGUCACACUUAACAAAAGCUGCAUCUGUAGAAACAAUUAGCACCUUGGCAGUCACUGUGAGUAAGAACUACGUUUCCACUUAAAGCCUUAACUCUUUGUUACCCGAGUUCAAGUCCAGGAGGAAUGAGGAUGGCGGUGAGCUCUUUCCAAAGUUUUUUGAAGUUAUCAAUAUGGUGCCUUUCUUAUGAAAAGACCAUCAGACCUUAUCUCCAGAAUUCUGACCCUGCCCGACGGGUCUCCCUCAACCAGCUUUGGAAAACAGGCGGGCUGUGGGGCUGGCUGCAUCAGUGCUCUCGGCGUGGUGCCAGGGACCCCUGUGUCUGUCAGCCCCGUUUGGGGUCAGUAUAUGCAGAGUGGGGUGUGUGUGGGGGGGCUAUUUUCUUCCCCGAGUCUGCCCAGACCCAGGCCUCAAGAUCCCUCCCAACAGCACGGUCAGGGAGGCUGGGCAGUGCCUGCAAAAACACCCAGUGUUCUUCCGCUUGCCCUCUGGCCAGGAUUGGGGUGCAGAGGCACAGGGCUGGCAGAGGCGCCUGCCCACAUCCAGAGUGAGAGGAAGGUGCCAGGACGGCGCUGCUCUCCCGGGCGGUGUUACUUUCACCAGCCCCUGCAGUGUCCCUGCCCUCCUGCUGACCGCCGGCUGCCCCUUCAGUCUGGAGGCCUCGGAACCAUCCAGCAUCUGAUCCGGAGGAAAUGGUUGGCCUGGCGAGGAGACCAGGUCACUCAGUGCCCCUGGAUUUGCUCACAUGUGGUUGGAGCCCACAGUGCUGCCCGUUCAGCUGGGAGAAUGUGACCCACUUCCAUCUCCUCUCCCACGUGCAGAGCUGGGUGGGAGGCUUUUGGAGACCAGUUCCAAUUAAGGCUUUUUCAAGCCUGAGUAUCUCCUGAGUAUCCAACCCACAUGUUUCCUGCUGCUGGAAUCCUGUGGUCAGUGUCUCUGAGCUGAAUAACAACUCCAAACAGAUGAAGUUACCGCCUCGUCGUUCUCCAGUCCUGGCUUCUGCGAGCGGGGCUUUCUUUGGGGGUCAGGGUCCCUUUGGGUUUCAGACAUCCUUCACAGUGUGGACCCCACCCUUGUUCUUCCUGUUACAUCACCUGGCAAACCAGGGGCCCAGUGUCCGAGGAGAUGCCGGACCAAGGCCUCCCAGCCCCCUGCCCCAGGCAGCUGGGCUUCUGCCUGAUUCAUUGACCCUCGUCCUCGCAGAGUGUUCUCCUGCUGCAGGAAUGUGAACUGAAAUGGGUUUCGGACCCUCUAGGUCUUUUCCAUUCUCUCCAAGGUAGAGGGCAUUGGGAUGAUUUUUCCAUGUAUAAUUUUAUAUUUCUCAUGUAGGAGGACAGCAGGGGUCAGGGAGGGGAGACGGUUUAAAUACAUGAAGCCGUGGGUGCUGCCAAGAUGAUUUGGAGAGUUUAUAUUAUUUGUUUAUUUAUUUUUUUAAUUUGGUUGCACCAGGUCUUAAUUGCGGCAGACGGGCUCCUUAGUUGCGGCUCGCUGGCUCCUUAGUUGUGGCACGUGAACUCUGAGUGGGAUCUAGUUCCCUGACCAGGGAUCGAACCUGGGCCCCCUGCAUUGGGAGCACAAAGUCUUAACCACUGCGCCACCAGGGAAGCCCCUAUUUGGAGAGUUUAAAUGGGAGGUGAUAGUUCUGAGCCCCUGAAUAAUGCAAUCUUACUUGCUAAGGAAGGAGCAGAAGGUGAUAGAGAAACUGCCAAGGUCAGGUCUGCUAAGCUGUGAUCUCAGACCUGUGUGAGCGCUGUUCCUGACCAUGUGCUUCACGGCUGGAGCUUCAGGAAGAUGGGGUGCGGGUCAUUUUUAGGGGGAACAUGGUGGGACCUACAGGCUGAUAAGCUGGUUUACGGGUGUCUCUCCAGGGCCCUGGCUCUACUUUCCUGCACAGAACAGCUUUCCAGAGCUUAUGGUGGGACGUGGUGGAGGAGAGUCAGCCCGCACAGGCGCAGAGUCCUUCAUCCCUCCCCUGGGGAAGCUGCUGCCGCCACCCGAGAGGCAGCACGAGCCCGUCACUUUCUGUCUGCUCUGUGUGCGGCUGUCCACCCUCACCUCCUGUCUCCUAGGAGGAGGAGAGGCCGCGCAGGCCUGCGAGCAAGGGUGGCAGAGUUUGGAUGCUCAGCAUCAGCCACCGGGGGAAGCACGCACAGUCCUCUGUUUCCCUUUCUCACAGGAACUUCUUUUUUGGGGAUAAAACCACCACCUGCACGUCCCUUGGUCAGAACCACAGAGCCUGAGGACUUCGCCCGGGAUCACAGUGUCCCCGUGCAGCCGCGGAAACUUCCCCCAGCAACGCGUUCCCUUCCUGUUUGCAUUGUGCUGGCUGAACCGCAGAGGCUGUCAGAGCAGGCCUGUCAGAGAGCUUCCAGUUUGGAGGUGGAAACAGAGACACAGACACCCAGGGGCAGUGCAAGGAAAUUUGGGGCUGCACCUUCCUACUUCUCCCCGGCUAGAACCUGCCCGUCACAGUUGAGCACCUGUUUGCCUGAAGUUGAUUUCCAGAAGCAGGUGCAGAGGAUGUGGUGAUGGCGUUUUCCAGGUCGGAGACGGAGGACCGGAGGCAGUAGCUGCAAACCCCUUGGAACACCCUGGAAGCUGGCAAAGGCCAGGAGAUCUGUGUGGACCUCACUGGCUGAGUGGCAGGGGGUCUCCUUCCCUACCCCCCCACCACCCCUUACCCCCCCACUCCUUCCCACCCCACCCCCACGGCCACUCAGCAUCCUCGAGGUUGACACCAGUGGUGUAGUUAUGAUUGGUUUAAAGGGAUGGACUCAUGAUUGGCUGCGGGAAGAAACCUUUUUAUUUUUAAAUCGACCAACGGAAACCUUUUUAUUUUUAUUUCUGACUCUUAUUAUUUUUUUUUUUUAAAUUGCGCCUCGGUGUAUGGCUUCCCAGGAAGCUCUCCGAGCUCUGGUGCUUUAUUUUGGUCACUUUUUAGGAAUGUGAAGAGGUCCGAUUGGCUGCUUAAACUGGAAAAGGAUUUUGAUUGGCUGGCUAAUGGGAGACGGUUUUUUUUCUUUGAUUGGCUGCAGGUGUUCUGCUGAUCGCACCAGCUCCUCUCUUUUGAAUGUUGAAAACAGGGUUUGGGACGUCGGUUGUUAUAUUUGACUUGAAAAAAAGAAAAAGAAAGAAACCAAGUGCGCUUUGCAAUAUUUAUUACACAGAGAGCUUGCUGCUG